AUGAUUUUACGUUUCUUUCUUAUUUUCUUAUCUCUUUCUUUCUUUCUUUCUUUUCCUUUCUUUCUUAUCGUUCUUCUAUCCAUGCUUUCUUUCUUUCUUUCUCACCUUUUCUUUCUUUCUUCUCCCUCUUCUAGCCAUACUUUUUUUCGUUAUACACUUCUAAUUUUAUCCCCCUUUUCUCAAAAUAUGUUUUUACAUUCUUUCUUUCUUACUUUCUUUCUUUGCUUCCUUCUUUUUUUUACUUAUUAUAAUUUUAACUUUCAUCUCUUUUUCACAUUUCCUAAAAAUCAUUCUUUUAUUUUUUCUUCAUCUAGCGUUCUUCUUUCUCUUUUUUUUUUAUACUAUUUUCUUUCGUUUCUUAUCGUUUUUCUUUCAUUAUUUCAUUCUUCAUUCCAGUUCUUCGCUUGGUUUACAUUCCAUCUAUCUUUUAUUCAGAUUAUAAAAAUAGAUUAUCUUUCUUUUUUCUUUUUUCACUUGGACAUUAAUUUUACCUAUUUUUUUUUUCUUUUAGUUCUAUUUCUUCUUUCUUUCUUUCUUUCUUUCUUUCUUUCAUUACCAUUAAAAAUAUUUUUCAUUUAUUUUAUUUUCUUUCAUUCAUCUAUUUUUCACACCAUAUUUGAAAAUUACUUUCCUUGCUUUUUCUAUCUUUCUGUCACACUGGCAUUCAUUCAUAAAUUCUUUUCUUCUUCUUCUUUAUUUCUUUCUUUCUUUCUUUCUUUCUCUUUCGUUCGUUCGUUCGUUUUUCUUUUGAUCCUGUUUACAUCCCUUAUUUUAAAUAUUUUUCAUUCAUUUAUAUCGUUCGCCCAUCUUUUCUUCACACUAUAUUUUAAAAAUAUUUUCUGUUUAUUUUUCUAUCUUUGUAUCUCUUUGCCAUUCCACUCUUUCUUUCUUUCUUUCUUUCUUUCUUUCUUUCUUUUCUUUCUUUCUUUCUUUCUUUCUUUCUUUCUUCAUCAUUCAUUAUCGCUCUAA